GCGAAAAUCACCUUCAGGACCUUCGAAACGGUAAUUUCAACGGAUAUCCGAUGGAGUAUGAGAAAAAAAUCGACCUGAAGAGACGAAAGCCCAGACAAGGUCGUGGUACAAAGGCAUAUUGGUGGGCAAACCGCAUUGGAUUGGGCGGCGUUGCGUUUGCAGUUGUCCUCGGUGCGGCUUUUGUUUUCAUGCCAAACAAGAACAAUUUCCGCGAAAAAUACUUCAAAAUCAACGAAAGAAUCACAGAAGAGCAGAAACGACGGAGAUUAGAAUUGCAUAGUCCGCUUGGAAGAUCACUCACAAUCGAGGAAUUGGAGCAAUUACGUGAAAAAAGUAAAGAUCCCAACGAAGAAUUCGAUGGAUUCACGGGUGCCAAGUAAUGCCGACACCUCAAAAUCACCGAAAAAUCUUAGAAAUAGUAAUAAAAGUAGUGAAAUUAGUCAAAAUAAGAAGAUGAAAAAAUUACAACUCACCAAAACUGCCUCCGGAUCGACAACAACAAACAAAAAAAUUGGAAUCCUUAAACCGCAAUCGCCGAAAAACGUCAUAAAAAUCGACGAUGAUCAGUCUCCAGCACCAAAAAUAUCCGAACUCGCUAAAUUAUAUGAAGCCAAGUUGCGUAAAAUCGAAAAAAUUAAGCCAAAACCGACAACAGACACAAUAAUAACGAAAUUUUUCGAAGAAAAUGCCAGCAGAAACGAUGAUAGCGACUUUGAAAGUCGUGAAGUGCCUUUCCCAACGCCUGUUGUGAAGCCAAAAACGAAGAAAAUCUCAACGAAAAAGCCUCGUGCCACGAAAAAAGGAGUUGGAAAGAAUUUUCCGGACAUUCGAAAGCUCGUGAAUCCCAAUUACGGCAAAAAAGAGUCGAUUUCCUCAGAAAUUUCGACGGAAAAUGACACUUUUUUGGAGAAUCAAGACCUGAAUGGCACUUCAAACAAGCGAGUUUUAGCAACUCUCGACAAAUUCGGCUUCAAAGCUCCCAAAAGACUGGAUGAUUGUGACAUCACGGCACUUUUUGGUCCCACCGGCAACCCAAAACGCAAGAAAAUCAAGCCAACGUUGCUGAUGAAGAAAGAUUGCAUCGAACAACGGAGACUUUUGGAGGAAAAAGUGUCAAUUCUGCUGGACAAGGAGUACAAACAAAACGUGGCUGUGCCAAUUUCCGCUCAAUUAAAGUUCGAAUGUGUCAGUUUUUUGCUGGAAAAUUGCAUUUCAAGCGAGCCAGAUACUUUUUACAUCAAUUCUAACGCAGAUCCGAUCGAUGUUUCUAUGGAAAAAUAUUAUAAAACUGGAUUAUUUCCCGUUUCUACGUUAAAAGCUGAUUACUUACUCAAAGACUGGGGAGCUAUUCCGGGACGAGAGAGAUCUGUGUCGCCAGAAAGGGGAGAAAAUCCAUCAGAAAUGACAAAAAUUGAUGAAGAUAUCGACUUUGAGGCACUUGAACGUGAAAUUUUAGAUGAAAAAGACCCAAUUCCGAUGGAAAUCGACGCGAAAAAUGAAGAAAUUGUCACCGAAACACCCGAAAAUUCACAAAAAAGUCAAAGCUCCAUUUGUCAAAAGGACUUGGACAACAUUCAAGCCUUCGUGCAACAGUCCAAAAGCACAUUAAAUGACAGUUGUGAGGAUUUAUUCGCCGAUUUUGAUGAAGAAAUAAUUUGCACUGACAUCGAUGACGAGGAAAAAGUUGAAAUUGUUCGAGAAUUACCUCCCACUGAAGAAAUUAGACCCGAAAUUGAAACAAUUGAUAUGACACAAGACUCAUCUCCUGCAGUUUCUGAAGUCAAUCCAUCAUCAGAGUCCUCAGAAUUUUCCGCUACGAAGCUUUUCAAGCAAAUUGACAGCCAGUUGGAACUUUUGUCGGAGAUUUGUGACAAUCAAAAGGCAUUUUCAGAGACUCAGGAACGUCCUGUGGAGCAAAUUUCAACACCGAUGAGCGAAGAAUCGUGUUACGUGAUCUCGUCAGAGUCGGAAGAUGAAGCUGAAACGCCUGUUCGAGCAAUUAAUGAUGAUUGUCAGACAGAAAAUCCACAUUUAGAGAUGGAAAUCGAGCAAGAAAUGGAAGAUCAGGAAGAAGAUUGUGAAAAAACUGUCAUUUAUUUUGAGCAAGAUCCAAAUUUUGGGAUGGAAACUGAGCUGGAAAGGUCAAUUGUGGAAAGUUUGGUCGACCAAACGAUCAUCGAAGAGAAAUCUAAUGACUCGAUUGACCUUGAAAUGACCUUUAAAGAAGCAGAAACAGCUAAAAAGACGUCUUUUGAGGCAAUUGAAGCUCCAAAAGUGACUCUGGAUACGAGUUAUGAUGAAUUUGAUGCCUUAGUGGAUGAAAAAAAUGAAAAAUCUAAUGACUCGAUUGAAUUUCCAACCACUUUUGAGAAGCCUGAAUCACCCAAAGUGACUUCAUUUGAGCCAAUUGAACCUCCAAAGGUCUCUUUGAACGACAGUUACGACGAAUUCGAUGCAAUGGUGUAUGGCGAACGAAAAGAACCAUCUCCAGAAGUACCAAAAAGUCCCGCUAAACCUCCAUCUCCGCCGAAAUCAUCAAAACUAACGCAAGAUUUCGAGCGUCUCGCAUCUCUGGAACGAAGAUUCGCCAAAAAAUCCGAGUUCAAGGUCAAAACUCGAUGUGUCACGCCUCCGCCAGACUACGAAAACAUGGACGAAGUAAAGCUCGAAUGGGAAAUGAAGCGAUUUGGCUUGAAAUACAUCAAAAAUCGUGAACAUCGGAUCAAAAUGUUGAAUCACAUUUACUCGAGAACCCAUCCAUUUAUCGAAAUAAAGGCCGAUUCCGAUCAAAAUGUGUCAUUAAUGCUGCUUGGAAGUGGCAAUGAUAGCGAAAGCAUGUCCGUUUCGCCAAUUAAAAGUGCCAGUCCUGCUAAAACGCAACAAAAUCCAGCUCCUUUGGUCAAAACGAUCAGUUUGGAAGAGAAGUACGGCCUUGUACCGCCAUCGAAAGGUUCAACAAAACGAAAAGCUGAAACCAAAAACGCUCCGUUGAAGAAAAUUAAAUCGAAACCUGACCCAAAAACGACUAAAAAGCCUCCAGAACCAACAAUUCAGCUAACGGAUUUUACUGACAUUGACUUUUCUGAUCCAGUUUUAGUGAAAAAUGAUAUUUUUACCUCUCAGUUCUUCGAAGAGUCGUUUUAUAUCUUGUCUGUGAAGCAAAAAGGGAAACUCCAAUGGUGCUCGUUGCCACUUCACAUCGCUUUUUUAAACGUUUUACGCGCAAAUUCGUGGUUAAAGUUGAAAAUUCUGCAAUACGAGCCGCUGGAAAUUGAAGUUUUGUACAAAUAUUUCAAAAAUAUCGGUGCCCGGUUCGAAUUAUCCGACUUGAAAAUGUUUCUCGAUAAGUACUGCAUCACCUUCCGUAGUGAAAAUUAA